UGUCAUUCAAAUUCGAUUUAUUCCUAAUCAAUUUUGUUUUCAUUAUUUUGAGAAAAAUUUUAGAAUAAUGUUAUAAUAAUGAUUAAAUAAAGCUAAAUGUAUAUACUAAAUUGUGAACUGAAACUAAAAAAACAAUGCAAAAAUCUGCUUAGCCUGAUUUGGUUAAAACUUCUCCACAAUGUUUAAAAAAAUCGCUGUAGGUAUUUCGGGUGGUGUCGAUAGUGCUGUUGCUGCACUGUUGUUGAAAAGAGCAAAUUACCAAGUACAAGGUGUGUUUAUGAGAAAUUGGGACGGCAACUAUGAAGCUGGGUUUUGUACAGAUGACAAAGAUUUUGAAGAUGCCACAUUUGUUUGUCGUAAGCUUGAUAUUCCUUUACAUAGGGUUCACUUCAUUAAGGAAUAUUGGAAUGAAGUUUUUUCUGUGGUACUGAGGGAGUAUGAAACAGGAUUGACGCCAAACCCUGACAUAUUGUGCAAUAGAUAUAUAAAAUUUGAUAGCUUUUUUGAACAUUGCAGGAACAAUUUAGCAGUUGAUGCUAUUGCAACUGGUCACUAUGCAAACACAUCUUUUGGACCAUUUUUAGAGAAUUACAAUGACAAUGAAGAUGUUAGGCUGCUCCAACCUUUAGACAAACACAAGGACCAAACAUUUUUUUUAUCACAAGUUAAACAAUUUUCUUUGAGAAAAUGUAUGUUUCCUAUAGCAAAUUUAUUGAAAAGUGAAGUUAGAGACAUAGCCAGGAAAGAAGGUCUCUUACAAGUUGCUAAUAAGAGAGACAGUACAGGAAUUUGUUUUAUUGGCAAAAGGAGAUUUCAAGACUUUAUAGAAGAUUUUAUUCAAACUAGAAAAGGAUUUUUCAUUGAUAUAGAUACAGGCCAUACAGUUGGAGAACACAGUGGCAUACACAAAUGGACAGUUGGUCAAAGAUGUUGUCUAAGCAGUUGGAAAGAUGCAUAUUUUGUAUUUAAGAAAGAUUUAAAUACUAAUAAUAUAUAUGUGGUACCAGGCACAAGUCAUCCAGCUUUAUGGAGUAACUUUUGCACAACUGAAAAUCCUCACUGGAUAUAUAAAGAACCUUAUGAAUUAAUAAACAAUGGAGUGUUACAUUGUUCUUUUAGAUUCCAACACACAAAACCUUUAGUUCAAUGUCGAGUUUUAAAGAAUUAUGAGGGUUUAACAAUUCUUCUUCAAAAUAAUUUGAGAGCAGUCACAGAAGGCCAGUUUGGAGUGCUUUAUAACAAUAGUGAAUGCCUUGGUAGUGCAAAAAUAAAGAAUGUAUGUCAUAAUUUAAUAUAUUAAAUUGUUACAAAAUCUGUUGACUGAGAAAAUAAAUAAAAAUCUGCAAGAAUUGUAUCUUAA